AUGAGAGUGAAGUACAUGACAGCAAUGACAAAAGGAACUAAUAUCAAACCUAAUGAAAUCGCUCACGAAGACAUAGAGCUUAACAAGUACUUUGUGGAAUAUCUUAUAAGUGAAGAGUAUGUAAGACCUUACUUCAUGUUUGACAGCAUGAAUGAGGAUGUUAUUUCAUGGUUAAAGAAUAUAAGCAAUGUUUUCGGUAAGUACGUCAUAGAUGACAAAGGUCUUGUUGUAUUUUAUGAGACAGCAAUACGAACACAGGAACUAAUGGAUAUUAUGCACUCAACAGCAAAGAAAGGAUUUAGUACUAUUGGCAUGAAUGAACAUUGCAGGAAUGACAUAUACAACCUAUGCUCACGAAAGCCUUACACAAAAGCAAUACAAAUGAUAGAACAUAAGCGUCUAAGGUCAGCAAAUGAAAUCAUUACUGUCAGUGGUUAUGAAAGAACUGUUAGCAAAGAUGAGUGGAAACAGCUAUUCAUAUUAAGGAAGGACGUGCUGAACUAG